AUGGUUGUGACUAAAAAUAGUAUAUUUACGCUUCAUCGAAUACUUGAUGACGCACUUCCCUUUUCUUUGACGGUGAUGUCUGAAUUCGGAUCCGUUGUUGCGAAUGAGACACGUCAACGAAAUGAUCAUUUUAUUAUACAAGCAAGGACUCAAUUCCGAUAUUUUCUAAAAAGACUGACAGCGCGUAUCACCAUAAGCGAAAUACACGAGGUAAUUAGUAGCCGAAGUCACUUGAAACCCGAAUUGAGCAGAGUUCAAUUGAUUGGUAUAGGUCUCGGUGCCAUCAUUGGUUCCGGGAUAUUCGUGCUGAGUGGUCAAGCAGCUGCGAAGUAUGCAGGUCCCGCAGUGAUUCUAGCUUUUAUCAUAACUGGCGUCGUAGCCCUUCUUGCUGCAUUGUCAUUUUCUGAACUAAUGGCAAUUAUGCCUUUGGCUGGAGGAGCAUACACAUACACAUAUGUAGCUCUAGGAGAAUAUGCUGCAUGGUUCAUCGGAUGGAACUAUGCUCUUCUCAAUGAAUUAAGCGCUUUGGCAGUAGUUGUCAAUUGGGGCGACUAUGUCGUGGAUUUGAUCAAUACUAUAUCGAAUUACAAUGCAUCCGAGUGGGCUGUUAAAGCGCCAGUAGCUUGGAAUGAAACUGGGGCAGAGUUCUACGUCACUGGUGGUGCAAUUAACAUUCCUGCCAUAGCAAUCACAUUAGCUCUAACAGCUCUUCUCCUUACCGGUAUUCGAAUAACGGCUACUGUGAACAUGAUAUUGGUAAUAAUCAAAAUUCUCAUUCUUCUGAUAUUCAUAUUUGCAACAUGCAAAUAUGUCAAUCGCGAUAAUUACGAUCCGUUUAUUCCAGCGAACCAAGGAUCAUUCAGUCAGUUUGGCGUAUCGGGCGUAAUGGAGGCGUGUCAUAUAGUGUUUUUUGCUUACGUGGGCUUCGAGAUAGUUGCCACAGUUGCUGAAGAAUCGGAGAGACGUGUAUUAGCCCUACCAGUGGCAACGAUGGGAUCACUGCUAAUUUCAGCAUUGAUCUACAUUGGAAUAUGCACAGUCAUGGUUGGACUUGUUCCGUAUCAAUUAUUAAAUACAAAUAGCCCACUUUCCGAUGCAAUAAAAGCCACUCCAUAUGGUGUGUGGUUAUAUAUCCUUAUGGAUUUAGGUGGUAUUGCUGCUCUCACCACUGUAGCGUUGUCCGUGUUUCUGUCUCAAACUCGUAUCUUUUACGCAAUGGCUCAUGAUGGUUUAUUGCCAAGUUUCUUGAGUAAAACAUACAGAAGGACUGCUGUACCGUGGAUAUCCACAAUUAUCUGUGGAGCAUUCUGCGCAAUUAUAGCAGCCUUUUGUCCAAUCGAUCUAGUUGGGGAAACGUCAUCAAUUACUGCUCUGGUGACAUAUAUUUUUGUACACGUCGAAGUCAUUAUUUUACGUUAUACCGCUCGUGACAUACCACGACCAUUUCCCGUGCCAUUUAAUGGAAAGCUCAUUCCAGUCGUAGGCUCUAUACUUUGCAUACUACUUAUGAUAAACAUGCAGAAAGAAACUUGGUAUCGAUUUCUCAUAUGGACAGCCAUAGGUCAGUUUGUAUACUUUGCUUAUGGCUUUUGGCAUUCGAAGAAGCGACAACAGCUAAUGCCACGUCCUCCAUCACGGCAUAAUAGUGAUCUGGAACUUGUUGCAGCACUGCAAAGGGCGGCAGUCAGCAGAGAUGAAUCUGUGGUAGCACCUAUUAGAACCAUUUCCGAGUAUUUAGAAACUCAGUCUGAACCGAAUCUUCACGAAAAUAUAGUUGAAAACAAUGAUUCAACUCAUGCUUAUUGGUCAGAGUCAGAAAUCAGCAACACGAAUGAAAACAAUAUGUGUGAAGAAUUUUCUGAAACUACGAAUGCAGAGCAUUCAGCGGAAGUUUUCACAAUCACAUAA